CGACUUGAGCACAAUGGAUGUGCAAUGGUGGCAUUACACGAAACCUUCGAGGACGUCAACAACGCACCCGCGAGGACGACAAGUCCACCUGCUGUCAGAUGGAAGAAAAACACAUACCGACGAUAAUAUCAACGGAUAGCGGUGAUGGGCUAAAAGUAGUAGAAAGUUUUUUUCAAGACAACCAUCUGAACCUGACCGACUUUACUGAAGAAUAUUUGACUCCAAAUGUUUUGACGGAUGCACUGAAACCUGGCGGGAUGGAGAACAAAAUCAAGAGGCCUUAUGUGCCCGAGGCCACCGUACGCCUAUUGAUCAAUUACAACAAGAGCCAGAAGACUGUGCUGAGAGUGAACCCCCAGUUGCCCCUUGAGCUGCUCCUUCCGUUGGUGUGCGACAAGUGCGACUUGAGACUUGAGACAACUGUCCUUCUGAGGGACCGUCAGUCCAAAGAGUCGCUGGACAUUGCCAAGACUUUAAAUGAGCAUGGACUAAGGGAGGUGUUUGCUCAGGACACCGCUGACAAAAAUCCCUUGCUCAAUCGUUAUCAGGCCUGUACACAUGAAGUAGGUAAGCCAGAAGAGACUUCUAAAGAAUGCAUUCGGGACACAAGUCUGGGUCUUUUUGUUGCGGACUUCAUAUGGUUGGACAGAAAUGACGAUAUUGAGCUGAAAAGAAUUGAACAUAAAGCCGGUGUAUUUGUGACUGACAAAUAUCAUUCCUGGAGCUGA